AUGAUGACGGCACCACCGUGUGGGCACGGGAUGAUGACGCAUAAGAGCACUUCAAGAAACAUUUGUUUGGUCCCCUACACCCUUUAAACAUUCGAAGUUCUCAUUCCGGAGGGUAAACCCUUUGAAGGGAUUAGGGCAUAGGCAUGAGCCUUUCCGAAUGGAACGCAGAGUAGGUCUCUAAUCUCGUUUCCUUUUUGCGUUGUAACACUACCUAACCUUACCUUGUAGGCGUUCUUCAUGAGUCGUUGGCGCUGACGUUUCAACCAAUAGUCUACCCCAGUUUCAGUGACGUAUGUCUCUACUGUACACGUGUCUCUCAGCUGACCAAUCGCGGAUAGUUUUCAUUCAACUGAUAGUUUUGUCUUUGCCUUGGUAUCGGUCUCUCUCACCGCGAAGAUGACCACGGUAGCCUGAUAGUAGCGACGAAACAUUCAUGUGUAUAAAUUAGCGGUUUUAUUAUCUUAAUUUGCAAAGUAUUAUUAUAACAACAACAGCCGUGUUAGCCAGCCCUUAAGAUGCCUCUUCGGGCCGGCGAGCGGCGUGGCGGUGGCAGGUCCUUGUGCUUCCUCAUUCUACUGAACGUCUGGUUGUUUUCAGCCGGAGUUACAGCAACUCAAGAAGAGAAUCAAGUCAUUCACGAGGUGAAGCCAGCGGAGAAGGCAACCACCGGUCGUGCACCCGGCCCGGCAGUGAGUGUCGAUGAACUCAAUAAGGGAAACCUGGGCUUUAUUCAUGCCUUUGUGGCAGCCCUCUCAGUCAUCAUUGUCUCUGAACUGGGAGACAAGACUUUCUUCAUCGCAGCCAUCAUGGCAAUGCGCUACAAUCGCCUCACUGUCUUGACAGGCGCCAUGUUGGCUCUGGGACUCAUGACGUGUCUGUCAGUCCUGUUUGGUUAUGCCACCACAAUUAUCCCACGGAUCUACACCUACUACAUCUCGACAGCGCUGUUUGCCAUAUUUGGUGUGAGGAUGCUGAGGGAGGGACUGAAGAUGAGUCCUGAUGAAGGACAAGAGGAGCUGGAGGAGGUCCAGGCUGAGAUAAAGAAAAAGGAUGAAGAGCGUCAGCGCUAUAAUCUGGCUAGCAGCUCGCCUGAUGUGGAAGCGGGGACGACGGCAACCUUAUCAUCUCAGAGAAGGUGUCCCAGCGUGAUUUCACCGAUAUUCAUUCAGGCACUCACCCUCACCUUCCUCGCAGAGUGGGGCGACCGCUCUCAGCUUGCCACUAUUGUGCUGGCUGCAAGAGAGGAUCCAUUUGGAGUAGCAGUUGGGGGAACUUUGGGACACUGUCUAUGCACAGGCCUGGCUGUUAUCGGCGGAAGGAUGGUGGCUCAGAAGAUCUCCGUAAGAACUGUUACAAUCAUUGGUGGAAUCGUUUUCCUGGCCUUUGCGUUCUCCGCCCUCUUUAUCAGGCCCGAUUCUGGAUUCUGAUGGAAAAACCCGACUCUUGGUUUCAUUUUGUAUAAAGACAACCCAGAACAAGUGGAACACAGAGAGACUGCGCAAAGACUGCAGAUGGCUUGUUCAUAUGUUUGAGUGAAUCUCUUUUGUGCGAGUAAAGUCUGAUUGACUGAAUGAAUGAAAAACACUCUGCUCAUGUCUUACUGAGCAUUUCAGUUUUUCUGCUUAAUCCCUCCUUGUUUUUGUCUUUCUUUCCUUUCAACAAGACACAUUUCUGCUUUUAGGUGAUCAUUAUAUUUCUUCUGUAUUAAGUUUACUUGAAUUUGGCAGGUUUAUUUCCGGCACAUAGUAAAAUUUUAAAUAACAAAUCCCUAAUCUUGUUUCUACAUUGUUUUACCUCUGUUUGAGCGGUGUGCUGUGCUGUGGGCAAACACCGGUCUGGCUCCAGUCUAAUUUAUUCAAGUUCAAGCUUACUUGGCUAUAAAAGAUCGAAAACUAAAACCAGAUCAAGCACUACCACUCACCCACUGCACAGCAGUAAAUCUACACCGUCUCAGGAGUAUCUAGUGGGUAAGAGCCUCAGAAAUAUAACAGUCACAAUUCCUUCAUCAAUAGUGAAUUAAAUGCUGAAUAAUGCUACAGGAACUGCCUGGUGUCUAAACUGCCUGUUGAUGGUUUGUCCUUUAUUCAUACCAUAUUACCAAAGGCUUUAAAUGUAGUAUGGGAUUAUGUGAGAUCUGAUUACUACAUCACAUGUGGCCUUUAAACCCAGUCACAGUAUUUAUUGGUCAUCAUUGUGUGCUCAUAAAUGUAUUUGUGCUUCUGCGUCACUGAUCAUAAUGUGUUAGGGACAGUCAUGCUUUCACAGGCUCCCCUGAAAGAAGCACAUGGCGUACAUUUGCUGUCUCCUUGUGAAGGAAGAGUAUCAUUUCUUACAUCUGCCCUUCUGAUUAGUUUUUAUUUAUUCUACUAUGGAGCACAGAUAUUGAUAUUUUGUCAGGGUAGAUUUGUUCCAUUGAGAAGGAUAUUUGGUUCUUUUUUUCUUUAUGUUUUUAGGGUACUUUUGUCAAUAUUUGACAGGGACUAACUUUGGAGAGUGUGCUGAUUUUACUAUUAUAGAAGAUCUACAAAAAUGCUAUUCCUGUAAAUAUUGAAUAAAAAGGUCAGUCUGUCA